AGGUGGCACUGACUGGCACUGAUGGGUGACACUGAAAGGCAGCUCAGAUGGGCACUGAUAUGUGGCAUUGAUGUGCACCGGUGUGCACUGAUAUGUGGCACUGACGUGGCACUGAUGGGAACUGGCACGAGGCACUGAUGAUCACUGACUGCUGGCACUGAUGGACACUGACAGGUGGCACUUCUGGGGCCACACUGAUCAUCAGGGCACACUGAUCAUCAGUGCCCUGCGGCAUUUCCCUGUUUACAUGUGAUCAGCUGUGAUUGGACACAGCUGAU